GUAGCCGCCACUGCUGUGACAGAUAAUCGUUACAGGGAGAAUGACAGCAACGACUCAACUGAUUCAACUGCUUCUCUUUUUGCUGGGGCUCGGUGUCUCAGUGAGCACAGUGAUGGAUGUGCAGAAGAGAGUCAUCGGCGGUCAACGAUGUGGGCGUCAGUAUCAUGUCAAACUGAGGGGAGUUGCUAGUGGAUCUCAGAACUUGUGUGGUGGCUCUCUGAUCAGUAACCGGUGGAUUCUGACUGCAGCUCACUGUCUGAAGCCAGGAAGGACUAUGUUUGCAGAGUUAAGUGUGGAUCCAGGAAGUCCAGCACGAGAAGUACAAAUCACAGCAGAACCUGUGAUCUAUAUGGACAAAGACGACAACAACAACAGCAGGUUACACGACAUCAUGCUACUGCAGCUCCCCAGCCCCACUGGCAUUAAACCUAUAGGUCUUCCUGACUGUGGACAUCGUCCUAAAAUGGUUCAGAUUGCAGGACAUGCUGCCACUACUGGAGGCCCUAAUAAUGAAAGAAAACCAGGCAGAUCACCAGAUCUCCACUGUGCUGACAUCGAAGUUGUCGACUGUGAAGACCUCAAAAAGACGUUGCAGACAAAUUUCCAACAGGUCUACCAGGUCAAGGACUGUCAGCACUGGUUCUGUGGCCAAACUCCUGGGAUGGAUAUAUGUUACGGAGAUUCUGGUGGAGGAGUGGUGCACGGAGACGAGAUUUACGGUGUCAUUUCUUUUCUUGGCGAUCCUGACAAAGUAUGUACAACAGCAUCUGCAUUCAUGGACCUCUGCAAUCCAGAAUACAUAGACUGGAUCAGGAAAACUAUUACCUGACAGAAAAGAUGUCUGAUUCUUUUGGGAAAUAUAAACAUGACUACCCUGAUUCUAGCAAGGCUCAGACUGAGGUUGGAAAGAUUUUAUUCAGAGAGCAAAGCAAGGGAUUGUUCUCUUUCUUAUACUUUUACUUUUUAUAGUUUUUACGGUUGCAGUUUGUUCAAAUCGUGUAGUAAACCUGAUCUUAAUCUGUGUUUGUGUGCUCUGUUGUCUCCAACGCACUUUUUCUUUUUUCUUUUUUUUUCCAAAGCAUUCAACCUGA